AUUUGGGUUUAGGGUUCUUCGCUCGGGCGAUGGUGGCCAGGCGGAAGAAGCUCAAGGAACAGGUUGCGGCGGGCGAUGGAUCCGGCAAGGAGAAGCUCGGGCAGGAGGGGAGAUUGAAGGUGAAGAAGAAGAAGGAGAAGCGGAAGCAGCAAGAGGCCGAGAAACUGGAGGAGGCGGCGGCGGCGCGGGAGCUGGAGGACCGGAGGGCGGCGAAGAGGUUCAAGAGGGAGGAGAGGAGGAGGAGGAAAGAGGCGGAGGCGGUUGAAAGGGAGGAGAAAGGAGAGGCAUUGGCGGAGGAGGAGGAGGGGACGAAGAUGUCGAAGGAGAAGAGGAAGAGGAAAGAGGAGGAAAAUGCGAUUGAUGCAGUGGAAGAGGAGGAUGGAACAAGACCAGUCGGGAGGAAAUCGAAGAACGCAAAGAAGAAGAAGGUGGAUCGAUGGGGCGCGCCUGUGGCUCCUGACGCUCCACCACAGCCAGAAAUUGAAGAGAACGAGAACGAUGACCAUCAAAGGGAAGAGACUGGAGAAGAAGAAUAUCAUCCCAAAAAGAUUUACGCUGGAGGCAUGCCAUACACUACAAGCGAGGACGACAUCCAUAGCUACUUUUCUGAGUGUGGAGCCAUCGAAGAGAUCGACUACACAACCUUCCCAGACACUGGGAGGUUCCGGGGCCUCGCUUUCAUUACUUUCAAGGUAGACUCUCUUUUUCUCUUUCGAUCGAAACUUUCAAGCAUGGAGUGCUUGUCACAGACGCAAGCCGCAGUAAAGAAAGCACUCGAGCUCGAUGGAGCGGACAUGGGUGGCCGAUUCUUGCGAAUUAUGAGAUGCAAAAUCAAGCCACAAGACGAGGCCAAGCAGCAAAAAACCUCCUACGCGGAGCCACCACCCAAGACGGAGGGCUGCACUUCAGUCUACGUUGGAAACCUCUCGUGGGACGCAACCGAGAAAGACUUGCGGCAGUUCUUCAAGAGGUGCAAGAUCACGAGCGUCCGCCUCGCGCUCGACAAGGAAACCCGAGAGUUCAAAGGCUUCGGCCACGUCGACUUCGAAGACGACGAGUCCGUGGAGAGGGCCAUCAAGCUCGACCAGAAGCUGUUCCUCAACCGGCCCAUCAAGAUCGCCUACGCUGUCCCGCCCAAGAAACCGACCAGCAGCACCAACAGCGAUCGCGAGCCGCGGAAGGACAAGAGCAAGAAAAAUGGAUGUUUCAGCUGCGGAGAGGAAGGCCACAGAUCCUUCCAGUGUCCCAAGAAAGCCCAAGACUACUAGCAGGAACUUUGAAUCAGCUCUUUAUGUUGGACGCCUCAAAAUGGGGAUGACGGUACCUGGAUCAACGUUUCACUUGGUUGCAGUGACUUCGUUGUCAACAACUUCUUCCAGAGCACUGUCAGUGGCAGUGGCUGUGUCUUCUUCGGAUUGAGCUGCGGUUUCAUCAACUUCCAGGUUCUCGUUCUGCGUGGCAUCUUCUCCAGCGGUGUCGAAUUCUGGUGGUUCGGCCGCGGCUUCUGCCGCUGCUGCCGCUUCUGCCACCGCCUCUGCCAUCGCUGCCGCUGCCUCGGCUGCUGCAGCUCGACUCACGGCAGAGGCCAUCGCCGGAGACGCGCGCAUUGCCUCCCAGCACUCCCUUUCCAUCUCCACGAGCUGCCGGCACACGUCCAGGGCCGUCGUUACAUUCCUCUUAAAGUUGAAGCGGUAUCCCAUCCAGUCUGUGCUCGCGGGCUUGAUGACUUUCGCCAGGAUGUCGAAGCCAUUUGUGUCGAUGUUGUAGAGUAUAGCGUCCUGGAAAGGAAGUUUUGGUUAUCUGACUAAGAAAACGGAUCUUCUUACGUCCA